UGUGCAAAGGGGGUGUUACUCUUUCCAUCUCCUGCACCAUGGACUAGGACACUGUACAGCAUGUAAUAAAGAGUAAUUGACUGGGUUACAAAAGAUAUUUGGUGCUAUGAAGGUCCAGGAAAUUGCCCGUUACUGCCUGAGGGUCCUGAUCAUCACAGUAGCCAAUAUAUACACCAUCCCAUCCUAUUUCACCUGGUUUCUUCUUCUGCAGCCACUAAGGAUAUAUCAUCCAAAAUUAUUCUGGAGAAUUGAAUCGGUUUUGUUUCAGGGACUUCUGAAGAUGGUAACAACAUGGUUAUACACCGGUGGAUAUACAAUAAUCGAGUCUGGAGACAGCCUGGAGGGUAUUAUGGAUGAUGAAGCAGUGGUCCUAGUUAACCACCAAUCCACAUCCGAUGUUCCUGUCGUCAUGUCCGCCUUACAUAACAAAAGUCUGGUGCUGGGCAAGAUUAUGUGGAUUAUGGACGAUAUCUUCAAAUACACAAACUUUGGGUGGAUUUCUUAUUUCCAUGGGGAUUUUUUCAUUCUCCAGGGAAAAGAAGCGAGAACAGAUUCUUUGUCAAAGCUAGAGAAUCACAUCAAUACAAUCUACAAAACAACAUUUAAAAAAUGGAUUGUCCUGUUCCCAGAAGGAGGUUUUCUUCGUAAACGUCGAUUUCGGAGUCAAGAAUUUGCCAAGAAGAAUCAGCUACCGGUUUUGCAGCAUGUGACACUUCCCAGGGUUGGGGCACUUAAAGUUAUAAUGGACAACCUUACUUCACACAAGGCUGUAAAUGGUGGGGUAACAGGAAGCAGAUCAGAAGAGAAGACGCUAAAGUGGAUAAUCGAUAUGACGAUAGGGUACCCCGGGGCAACUCCGUACAACUCCCAUGGCAUGUUUGUGGGAUAUUGGCCACCCCAUACAAUAGAUAUCCACUACCGUGUGUACUCGAUAGAAGACAUUCCAACCGAGACACAAGGCCUGACUAACUGGAUGUACGAUCGGUAUCAGGAAAAAGAGGUUCUUCUACACGAGUUCUACACAAAGAGCAAACCCCUGGAUGAAUCUGACAACCAGAAAAGAUGCAUGCCCCGAAUAAAACGUCAAGAUCUCGAACUUGAUAAACUAGUCGCUGGUUUCUUUUACGUGUUUUAUUUGUGUUCAUUUAUCAUUUUCUGGUCCUAUGUGUACUCCCCUGUGAUAUGCUUACUUAGAUUAAUCAUGAGUUUUGUAUUUUAGAUUUUUAAUGACAGAUUUUGAGUAUUAUUUAACGUAGUUUUUGUGAUGAUUUUCGUACAAUCAGGAAUAUUUUGAUUCAGAGUGACUGAUGAUCUGGUGCAUUCUUUUUUCAUGGAACUUUUUGCCCAUGUUUUGAUCAUUUUUUUUCAUUAAAGGAUCCUCAGAUUUGUUUUUCCAAUUUUGAAAUUAAAAUGAAAUGGAAAUAGCUUCAUUAUUUUUACCGAUACAUCUGAAAAUCAUAUGUCCAUUUGAUUUUGAGAUUAGAUACGUUUUUACUAAAUUGUCUGCAACAAUGACUUAAUUGGCAGAUAGAAACGUGGAAGUAGGUUUUUUUUCCAUCAAAUACAUUUCUGUUUAAUGGGAGAUCUCUAUAGUAUAGCAUGAAAUCAAGAUGCUAUAAUUUGAUGGCAUAGCUAGCUAGAAUAAGGCUUGUAAUUGCUAAAAGAACAUUAAGUUCACAGGUAUAGCUUUUCUAUCAAAGCAUUUGAUUUGAAAUUUUUAAAAUUGUUUCUUUGGAACAGGAAGGGACACGUCAUCUGUAUUCUAACAAUAAAUGUCCCAUCCUCUUACGUGCAUCUCCAUUUGUAUCUAUAAUCCAAAAAAGAUGUACAAGUACUUUUGAUAAGGAUAUUGAAGAGUCAUUAUUGAAUACCAAUCUACUUUAAUUGGUUCUCAAGAAGCCAAUCAAAACCAGGGCAUUUUCCCCCUUAGAUGUGUAAAAAUUUACAAUUUCAGUUUUUAUGUUCAUUGCAUUUAAACAGAUUAUUUAUAAUAUAUACGAGUAAAUAAAAAAACAAUCUCAAGUAAAUAUUGCAGGGACCAUUUUCAUAUUUUGUUCAUAAUGAAAACACAAAUCUGGUAUUUUCUUUGGCUCCAAAGUGUGCCACCAAUAAACGUGUGGUAUUGAAGUCAGGGGUGAAGCUUCAUGACGCCCGAGUAGUACAUACCUACACAUAGUUUUAAUAACAUAUUUUUGCAAAAAAUAUGCACACAAUAAAAUCUCAUAUUGCUCUAGCAUUUAUUGCAUUUUUUAAAAUCAAGAGAAAAAUUGUACAUGUAUUUGUUUUAUUUUUCUUCACAUACUUUUAUAAUUACUUGAGUCAUUUAGACAAUUAUGAUAAUAUGGACUAAAGAACAACAGUUUAGCAUGUAUAGAUAAGUUUACAUAGAUAUUAAGUUUAUAAUCCGCCGACAUUCAAACCUAAUUUUUAUGAACUCCAGCGAUGAGUAGGCCUAAUAAUAAAUCCGAAGAUAGUAUAUACCUAUUUUGAUUUGACAUGCAAAUUAGAGUAAACCAGCCCUUAUUUUCCUAAAAUUUCUCACAACCUCCUGCCUUGUGGUAAGAGGGGACCCCCUUCACAACUUGCCCCCUCUGGCUUUGGUGCUUCUCGCCCCCAUGAAACCUGAAUUCCCUAUAUAUCAAAACAGCGCUAGCUAUGCCCCUGAAAAUGAUGCUUGUGGUCAGGUGCUCAUAGUAGAGUCCUUUGUAAGCAGGUCAAAUUCUGGCAUUGUCACUUAAUGUGAAAUCAGCAGUGAAUUAUAGCUCAACGUUUGUGUCGAUAUCCAUGCAAGUCUGUGAUCGAAUCCAUAGAAACCCUAGUCUGGCUAAUCUUCAUUGUUAGUGUAUUUUAUUUAAAAAAUAAAUGUCCUGCAGGCGAUAUUUAUUGUGGUUAUGAAAACAAUUGAGGGAAACAUUGAGCAAUUUAUAUUAAAUAUUAGCACAGGCAAUUAUGCAGAAAUUGCCCCAUGCUUCCUCCAUUUUUCACAUCUCCAAUAAUACAACAACCAGGACACAGGGAUUUCGUAUAUAUAUUUUGGAAUUACUUAUUUAAGUAUACUUGAAGGGAAGGGGGCAGCUUUCAUCCUUCUAUUCAUCAGUUCAAGCUUACAUUCUUGCCAUUCAAUACCGCUAUCAAAACACAGGAGAGGGGCAAUCUGCCAAUAUAUCUUGCUCAAUUUGUAUGUUAAAAUUAUGGAAAACGAACAAUGUCAUAAAAAGGCAAGAGGGAGACAACCCAUUUAUUCCUUACAGUUUGUAUUUUAACUUCUGCCUAUGUUGAUGCUGAAAUUAUCAAACUUGCGUCAAUAUAGAGUACAAGGGCAAGGAUCACCCUUUACCAACUUUGGGUUCCAUCAAAUCCUUAUCUGUCUGGUUAAGAAGUUUAAAAGCUUUUAAUUACUUGCUGAAGCUGAAAUGAACUUGCAACAAUGCUGAACACAUCAGGUCAACUCUAGAAAAUUUGGGGUCAAAAGGUAAAAGGAGUCAAGGUCAAGGAAAUUUCCAACAGGAUGGUUAUGACGCUUUAGUUUUAACAGUCUGUGAAUUUUUAUGACAAUUUUUGUAGGUGGAUCUUUUAAGUUACGUCUGCAACAUCGUUUUACCGUAAAAUUUAACUUCGAUUACCAAGACAUGGUACACCAUUGCAGCCGAACAAUGUCCUAAUAACAGGGUGGUCUCUCUCUGAAAAUUGUUUUUUAUGCAAUGUAAUCAAGACUUGUGUUCCAUCAUUUUAAUGUGGUUUUAUGUUUGUAUGAAUAUACACUUUCCAUUGUUUAUGUUGGAAUAAGUAAGGGUGCGGUGUGUGUGUGUAUAUAUAUAUACAUGUAUGUAUUUCCAAUGUUUUUGCCUUCAAUAUCUUUACAGUUUGUAAUGAUAGCCAUUUCCUUAUGAAUGUGUAGUUGCAAACAAUGCAGACAAAUAAAUUUAGUAACACUUUAAUGGGUAUGGAAAUUCCAGCAAAAUAAGAGAAGAAUGUGAAUAUAAGAAGUUUUAUUUUUGAAAAUACAAGAGCAUAUAUGAACUGCAAAACUUUAUCUGCCAGCAUUAAGUAUCCUGUUGUGAAGUGUCACUGUUCAUACCCUUGUGUACUUUCAAAAACAAACACAUGUAGAGAGAUAUUUUGGCCUAGAUAUUAUCUCUCAGGCAUGCAUCUAUACAUGUGUAUUGAGUUUGUGAACAAUUUAAUUCAGGUACAUGGCAGUUUGCUGAAGUAUUAUAAAUUUUAAAUAAUAAAUCAUUGUCAAUUAAUAUGGACAUUUAUUUGUUAAACAAGUGUGACUAUUGAAAUGUAUGUACUACAUCGCGAGACUGAAAUACAGUCAAACCUUGUUAUCUUGCACUCGAUGGAGCCAAGUUACUGAAGUUAAAAUACAUAGGGGACUUCCAACUUACUUCAACAUAUCUGUGGUAUUUAAGAUAUCGAUGUUUGAGAUAUACUGGUAAAAUUGCAUUUUUACCUGUGUAAUGAAAGUUAAACUGUAUGAGUAUCCACAUUUACCUUUUUACUACAAAGGUUCUUUGGAUAUUGAAGCAGCAUAUUAUUUCCAUUCCAUGAAUUUGUAGUUUGUUCCAAUCUCAAACAAUUGCUGUAUUUAUAACUUCAUUCUGUUUGAAGUGGUACAAGGAUCUGUUAAAUUCUUUUCAUUAAUGAAAACAGGCAAGUAUUGUUUGAGUGGCAUUGUGAUUAUAAUUAUAUGUAUUAUGUACAAAAUAUUUUUUACUUAAAUGACUUAAAAUAUUAAAUGUAUAAAAUAUAU